AUGUCAGAUGAUGAAGAUUAUAUGUCCGAUAAGUUUUUGCAAUUGUCCGAAAAAUGUGCUACGCCAAGUCUAGUUUAUAGACAUACAGAUAAAAGACAAUUCGAAUUAGAAAAAAGAAAAGCUGAGCAUGAAGCAAAAAUGAAAGAAAAAAAUAAAUCAAUACAUUUAAUAGAGCGUGAAAAACGAGAAGAGGGCAUGUCUAAUGCCAUAGCAAGUAGUAAUAAAGGUUUUGCUUUGCUUAUGAAAAUGGGAUAUAAACCAGGACAAGGUAUAGGAAAAACAGAAUCAGGUAUGAUUGAGCCAAUUGGAAUAGAAUUGAAAGCUGAUCGACAUGGAUUAGGUAAAACAUCGGCAAAAAAAGAAACCAAAUCAAAAAUAGUAGAUACACGAUUAGAUAAUUCACAUAUGCAAGAUUUCCGAGAAAGAUUGGCAGAAACAAAAUUAGAACAAAUGUUAAAAGUAGAUUUAUAUAAAAGCCAAAAAGUUUGUCAACAACUAGAUGCUAAAGCAAAUAAAGAAGAACCUUUAGAAUCUUGGUUUUGGGUAAAUGAUUUGGAGAAAAAAGAAGAUGAAAAUGAAGAAGAAGAAGAAGAAGAGAAAGAAGAAGAAGAAGAAGAUAUUACUGUUAAUGAGAAAUUAGAUAUUCUAACAAAAUAUUUACGUGAAAAGUACUUUUAUUGUAUUUGGUGUGGUGUAUUAUUUGAAGAUGAAAAUGAUUUAAGGGAUAAUUGUCCAGGAUGUACAAGAAAUGUUCAUUAGAAAGUACACUAAAAAUAAAUAAUCAAUUCAAUAAUUCAA